AUGGCGGAAGACAGCGUAAACCAGUGUAUUAGCGACACGGUAUCGAAUGGGUUCGCCGGCCUGUACGCGCAAAAUCAAGAUGGAAAGAUGAAGUGCACUUUCUUUAGCGAUGAAAAUUUCAUUCCUCAGGCCUCUCUAGAUGCUUUGCCACGCAUUCAUCCUGAAGAUCUUAGAGCGCAGACUGGUAUAGUUUCUUAUAUUCUGACGCCUCUUUCGGGUCUUUGGUUAGACGGGCAGCUGGGUUAUUAUAGUAAUCGUAUCCAUAGCGAGUUAUGGCAUGAUUUAUUCAUGACUGAAGGCGGUCAAGCGAGCUGCAUCUAUAGGGCUAAUGAGAGGGGCGCUGAUGGUUUUUAUGCAGUUAAUCAGGGAGGUAAACAGGCUUGCUACUUUUUCAAGUGGGAAGGCAUGAGACCCUUAAAUGAAAUUAGUACCUUCCCGGUCGUGGCAGAAGCAGACCUAACAAAACGUACAAAGUUGACAUCAUACAUCAUGCCAGAUCCUGGUUGCGUGGGCGUGGAAUACUCUGAACUUCUAGUCGAGAGCCGUAGUGCUGAGGAUGAAUGCCUUGCUGACCUGUUCAAUAGUGCAGAGAGCUUAAGCACAUGCACAGUUGACAAAACACAACUUACAACAGAUUUGCAGAUUUGCACAACAUCAUCCGAUGCAUGCGUUGCGGAUAAAGCGACGUGCGACGGAAGUCUGCAGACAUGUUUGACAAAUAAAGCAGCAAUCAGUAGCCAGCUAACAACCUGCCAGGUGCUCACAGCAAAUUUAACCACAUCGUUUAACGCAUGCGAAGCAAGCAACGGAGUCUUAGAGCAGUCAGUGGCGGAUAUUUCGGGCCAAUUGGCAACUUGUAUCACAACCUUAUUGGAUAGCACAACGGACCAUGACGAAUGCACAGAUGCGCUGAGUGUUUGUUCCACUGCAUCCGCUAAUUGCACUAUGAAUCUGAUGAGUCUAACAACUACACUUGACACAUGCUUGGCCGAUAAGACGAGCCAGGCUAAUGUGUUGGCGCAAUGUAACACAGAUUUUCAAAGCAAGGUUGCUGAGAGUGCUACUCUAGCUGCAAGUCUUCAUAUGUGUGACAGUGAACGAAGUACGCUACAACUGUCACUCACAGCAUCGCAGACGGAAGGCCAAACUUGCGCCGCCAGUUUGACUACCUGCGAGUCAGACUUGUUCACCUGUAAUGCGGAGCACGAGGUUUGUAAAUCCGCUAUGGCUCAGCGAGUGGACCUUCUGGAUGAGUUUAAAGAAUGGGACAAGCGCACGGAUGCAUGGAAUGUCGAAGCAGAAGAGCUUAACGCCAAGAUUGAGGUCCUUACCGAUCAAUUGGCUAAGGCGAGUGAGCAAGUGGAUGCCUGUGCCUGUGCAACGGAGGCUCUUGUAGAAGAUAUGGCUUUGGGUUGUAAUGCUGCAUUGCGUAAAGAAAGGGUUGGCAGAAAGGUGGAGAAUAGCAACCACCUGUUGGAGAAUAACCGAUGGUCGGAGGGGACCCAACCGCAGGAGAUUAUCAUUGUAAUUCUGACAAUCUAA